AUGCUUUCCUUACCAAUAGAGGCAAAACUUGAUAUUUUUAAAUUUUUCACCUAUCGACAAUUAUGUUCAGUCAUACAAACAAAUUUUUAUUUUUAUGAUUUUAUUACUAAUUUUGAAGGAAAACUUGCUCGGGAAGAAUUAUAUGAAAUUUCUAUUUUGAAAAAUGGACUAGAAACCCCAAUUCCUUUGUAUUUAUAUGAGGAAGAUUCCCCCGAAAAUAUUGUUAUCUGUUUAGACGAAGAUGUGCUUAGUAAAAAUUAUCUUAUAAUUCAACUACCAGACAUUAUUAAAAGCAAAGACGACCUCAGAAUUGUUUACUAUUAUUUAAAUAAAUUAUUUAGUUGCUCUUUUGUAUAUUGCAACUUUGAUAUAUUUAUCUUCAAUCCAGAAUUAAUUGAAUUAUUAUUUGGAAAUGCUAAACAAAUUUGUAUUCGAGAAUUUUAUCUGGAAGUUACGGAUUGCAACAUUGAAAAUAUCUUGAAAUUCAUUUUGAAUCAUCUAAUUAGCAAAAGUCUUGAAAUUAAUUUUAGUUUAUCUAAAGAAUUUCCAAAAUAUAAAGAUAUUUUAUUUAAAAUUUUAACGAAAGGAGACAAUUUUAAUAGAAUUAGUUUGAGUGACUUAUUAAAUUCAACAACACUUUAUGAAAAGAUUAUUGAAUAUAUAGCAACAUCUAGAAACUGUUCAAAAAUGGUCUCUUCUAUUUUAUUUAAUUUCAAUAAUCAAACAAAUCUUAAAUUAAACGAAAAAGCAGAAAAUGCUGAAAUUAAACAACUUGAUAAAUUUAAAUCGACAAAAUACCAAAUAGCCAAUAUUUUCAAUCCAGAAGUGAGAUUCUCAUUUUACAGUGAAGAAUGGGAAGAUUUUCGGCGUUUUCAAGUUAAAAUCAACAUAGAGAGAGUGUAA